UAUAUAGGUAUAGGUAUACUCAUGGCUGAACAACAUCUUUUGUCCACAGAAAUAGUUAACCGUGGAGUCGAGCCAUCUGGUCCUGAUGCCGGGUCCAUGACUUUUUCAGUCAGUGUCCGGCAGCGGUUACCGGACUUCCUCCAAUCAGUAAAACUUAAGUAUGUUAAGCUUGGAUAUCAUUACCUUAUUAGUCACGGAAUCUAUUUAGCGACUGUACUCCCGGUAGUUGUGUUGGUGUUUGCCGUCGAGUUUGGAAGGUUAAGCAAGGAGGAACUGUGGCGAAAAAUUGGGGACAACGCUGGUGGCAAUUACAACUUUGUCGCGCUUUUAACGUUUUUUGUUGUUCUUAUUUUUACUCUUACAUUUCAUUUCUUGUCUCGCCCAAUACCUAUUUAUUUGAUCGAUUUCGCCUGCUUCAAACCCGAUGAUGAUCUUAAGGUGACUAAGGAGGAAUUUAUUGAGCUAGCAAGAAAGUCAGGGAAAUUUGAUGAAGCAAGCCUUGAAUUCCAAAAGAAGAUAGUUGAAUCAUCCGGUAUUGGAGACGAAACCUACGUCCCAAAAUCAAUUGGGUCACCAGAAAAAAUCUCCACAAUGAAAGAAGGGAGAGCAGAGGCUUCAAUGGUGAUAUUUGGAGCACUAGACGAGCUAUUCGAGAAGACCAGAAUUCGUCCUAAGGAUGUAGGGAUACUUGUCGUAAAUUGCAGCAUUUUUAACCCAACCCCAUCGUUGUCUGCAAUGAUCAUAAACCAUUACAAAAUGAGAGGAAACAUUUUGAGCUUUAACUUGGGUGGGAUGGGGUGUAGUGCGGGGAUUAUUGGGGUCGACUUGGCUCGAGACAUGCUUGAGGCAAACCCAAAUAAUGUGGCGGUGGUAGUGAGUACGGAAAUGGUGGGAUAUAAUUGGUACCCUGGUCGAAACAGAUCCAUGCUCAUCCCUAAUUGUUUUUUUAGAAUGGGUUGCUCGGCUGUCCUGAUGUCUAAUAGACGUCGUGACAAUUACCGAGCUAAGUACAAGCUUGAACACAUUGUUAGAACACAUAAAGGUGCCAAGGAUUCGAGCUUUAGAAGUGUGUAUCAAGAAGAAGAUGAACAAGGAUUCAAAGGGUUGAAAAUUAGUAAAGAUUUAGUUGAGAUUGGUGGUGAUGCCAUUAAGACCAAUAUCACCACAUUAAGUCCCUUAGUCCUGCCUAUUUCGGAGCAAGUAUACUUCUUUUCCACCCUUAUUAAGAGGUACUUUUCUGGCUCCAAGAAAACCAAAGGCAGUGGCGCGACCACGUCCAUAAACUCAUCUCAUCCGGUGGCACGACAACAAAUUAACCAAAUCGGGUCACCGUCAUCCUCCGCAACGAAGCCCUACAUUCCGGACUACAAGCUAGCAUUCGAACAUUUUUGCAUUCACGCAACCAGCAAGACAGUGGUGAACGAGCUACAACGCAACUUGGGUCUUAGCGACACAAACAUAGAACCAUCUGUAGCCACCCUUCACCGGUUUGGAAAUACUUCCUCUAGUAGCAUUUGGUACGAGCUAGCGUACCUUGAGGCAAAGGGUCGAGUGAAACGUGGAGACCGAGUUUGGCAACUCACUUUUGGGUCGGGUUUCAAAUGUAAUAGUGCUGUUUGGAAGUCUGUUCGACAUAUAAAACCUCCAACAAGCAACAACCCUUGGCUUGAUUGCAUUGAUGGGUAUCCAUUGAUGGCUCUUUCUCAACCUACUAAUUAAGCCCGAGCCCUCAACACUUUCAUUGAUUUACUAAAUAUUUGCUACCUAACUUGUUGAAAUAAUAAAGGUUUAAUUAAGCUAGCUCUUUUGGAAAGAAGAAGAAAUUAAUUUAAAACCGUGAUGUAUUUAUUAUGAAUUCUAGAAUUGAAUCCUAGGAUUAAUUUGAUGUAUGUAGGAGUUUAUUAUUGACUUAAAAUAGCACCUAUAUAUAGACGUUUUACUAGAAUUUGUGGGCUCUUUGUAGGGGACUAGGGGAUGUAUUACCAUAUGUUAAAGCAUUUUUAUAUAGUUCAAAAUGAAUAAAGAUCCUAUAGUGUUUUGGUUUUUGUUUAAA